UUCCUUCUCCUGUACUUCUCGCUGAUUGUGGUGUUGGUAUUGCAUACAUGACCGUGUAAAUGUAGCCAAAGCAGCAGUGAUAGGCACCGGUUCAGAUAUCUUCACAUUUGGCAGAGGGGAAAGAGUUGUGUUUUUUCAAGAGAGUCAACCAGGUGUGAUGACUUAGAUCAGUCUUUCCCAAUCCAACCAUGUGACUGGUCAGCAUGAAAUAUAAAACAAUGGCUGAAGAAAUGAGAAAACCUCAUCGUAGUUUCUCUCAGGGUGAUGCAGAAUCCGACGUCCCUGGUGAGAUGGAUAAAAUGAAAAAGAUCCUGAGGUCUCCUCAUGCAAAUCGCAAACAUGAGAAAACGUUUGGUGUGCCACUUCUUGAGCUCCUUCGUAGGCUACCAGAUAGAGGCUCGAUACCCCUAAUGGUGCAGAAAGUCUGUAACUUCAUUAUUGACCAAGGUAUGAAUUGUGAGGGAAUAUUUCGAGUCAAUGGAAAUGCCAAGUAUGUGGAGAAACUGAAGGAUUCAUUUGAUCGGACUGGUGAUGCCAAUCUUGAAGAUGUUGACGAUGUUUAUGCUGUCGCUGGAAUCCUCAAACUCUUCCUGAGAGAGUUGCCUGAAGGAGUCAUCUCCGCGAAGACCACGAAAAAAUUUAUUGAAAUACAAGACGUCUAUAUGAGAGACUCCACCACAUGUCUUAAGAAACUCAAGGUGCUAAUCCAACAACUCCCUGAUGAAAAUCAAAACCUUUUGAAAUACUUAUGCAAGUUCCUGGUGCUGGUCUCAUCGCGGGAGGUCUCCAAUAAGAUGAGCCCUAUAGCAUUAGGGAUUGUGUUCGGGCCAAACCUCUUCAGAUGUAGUGAAGGUCUUGAUGGACUUCGAGAGCAGGGUAUCACCAACCAGAUCUCGUGUAAAUUCAUUGUGGAAUAUGACACCUUGUUCAAGUUUGAAAAUGAACUGUCUCCAUAUAGUGCUCGUACAGUUGAGGAUAUCAAUGCACUGAUGAAUGGAAAACCAAUCUCCCCUAGGCAGGCUCAAGAAAAUAAAAAACGGACACCGCCAGCUAGACCACCACCUCCUAAGUUUGUUGAUCAGGAGGUUACUCCUGUACCCUCCCCAAGAAGACACCGUAAACCUGAGCGUGAAAUUCUGCGAGACGUGGAUACGAUAAGCGAUGAUUCGUGUGACUCGCAUGGUGCUACACCCAGGGGGCGCCCUACUCAAAGCCCUCGAUUCAGUGAUGACGAAGUGAGUCGGUCGUCCUCACCUUUCCUGCUCAGUGUCGACAGCGAUGGAGGAGAAAGCAUGGCACCAUCACCUCGAAUCUCAGCCUCUUCACACGAGUUAGUUGACCGAGUGAUACGUGCGACCAUCUCGGAGCGUAUUUUUGGCGAGGCAGUAUCAAGUGAGGAAGAUGCCAAGUCAGAUCCUGGAGUAGGUGGUCCAGUCCCUGCCCCGAGGAGGAAGAGGAACAAAGAUAGAAAAUCACAUACAGACUCACCAAGUUCCACCUUGUACAAAGGUGUGAGCACCCUGUCUGUUCCUGAUGUGUAUGGCAAGCUACAAUCGUACCAUGAUCAAGACGAACCUGACAAUAUGAGUGACGUGUCAAUCACAGUGCCGUCUUCCUAUGGAGACUCGGACAGUCAGAAUGAACGGAACAGUGACAGUACUGUCUCAACGCCAGCAUCAACACCAGUGCCAAAACCAAGGAGUCCGAAACGCAAACAAGUGAAGAAAAACUCUGAAAGGGAUACGCAAGAUUCUUCAACAAAUAACCAUAUUCACAAUGAAUCAGACUUUGAUUGUGUGACAAGGACCCCAUUAUUGACAGGGUUCAAAAGGGACUCUGGACCCAAGAAUCGUCGUUCACCAUCAAAGACCCAGAGUAUAGCUAUUGAGCCCAAGAGUGGUUGGGUGAAUGGUGGCUUGCCUAGUCCCUCCACGAGUGACAAAUAUAAAACAUAUCCUCCUCGCGCUGUGCGCGAUGACGAACUUGCUGUGAACGUUGAUGAGGUUGAGUCCCAUAAUCAGUUAUACGCCAUAAACAAUGUCGAUAGUGAUGCAGAUUCAAAAAACCACCUACAGUUCUUGGAUAUGUGCCAAAACGGACCGAGUAGUAAAUCUCCUGAUAUCUCACCAAGUGGAGGUAGGAAACCAUACAUACCACCGUUGGAUUUGUCUAUUCUGCACGAACAUGGCGAUGGUGCUGAGCCAAUCCGAGCAGAGGAGGGUCCCUGUCCAGCUUUCCUCAAAGGCCGAGAUUUUAGUGAGGAAGAGGUGCUGCUCUCACCCAGGGCAGUCAGGAUGAAAAAGAAAAAUGGGUGGACCGCCGAGACAUCCCCGAGUUCUUUCAAAUCGUGCGAGUACAUGAGUGCUGAUCCUGAUACUGAUAUGCCACCUUCGCCUCCCAUCGGCCAGACGCCAGUAUCUGCUAGUAGCGUCAAACAAGAAGAAGAGUACACUACCACCGUGAAACGUCUCACCAAGAAAAUACAAACAUUGAAGAAGAAGAUAAAGCAAUAUGAGGAGGGUUUUGAAGAGAAGAAUGGCUAUCGGCCUUCGCAGUCUGUGAAAGCAUCCGAUCCCGCCAUGAAGACAGUCAUUGGUGAACUUUCGAAAGCCAGGAAGGAACUAAAACAUCUUAAUAACAGAGAAUUUGAAGGCACAAAGGAUGACUAUCGAGGGAGUAUGGAGCAUUUAUCAGAACCGUGCACCAGCUCACGACGAUCAUCUGAGGAGGAGGAUCAGGAGACACCAGACAUGCAUUACACUCUUGAGGUCAUCAAUCGCAGGUUGAGGGAGAAGCGUCUCGAUGCUGGGCGACCACAUGACUUAGGGGAUAUGGACAGUGCUCAAGUGCAGGAGGAAAAGCUUGCCAUACAGAAGGCCCUCUUGUACUUUGAAAGUCUUCAUGGACGACCGUCCUCAAAAGACGAAAAGGAAUUGAUGCGUCCCCUAUAUGACAGAUACCGAAAUAUAAAGAGGAUUAUAUCCAGCCCAAAGGUGUCAUCGGACAAGUCUCGGGAACUGCAACCUCUGCCUGAAGGCCAGGCUGUAGAAUUCUCUCCUUCUUCCAAUCAAUCAACAAACAGGCUCUCUAUCAAGAUCCCUACGGCCGACGUCGACGAUGAUGAGAUGGCCUUUGACUUCUUAGUGACGCGAGAUCUCCAUAUCACCCCCGGUAACUUUGAGAAUGGCACUGGGAGUUUGGACCGCAGACUCUCAUACCCAGGCCGGUUAAAAAACAUACAAUCUGAAGCUGGACUCCAUGAAAUGGAUACUUCUGAAUUACGUGACGAGUUAUCAAAGGCACGAGCAGAUAAACGUAGACUAAGACGGGUGCUGAAGGAAUUCGAAGAUGAAUUCUUUGAUUCGACGGGUAGGAAAGUUCAGAAGGAGGACCGAGCUCCCAAGGAAGCAGAAUAUAUGGCUUAUAAGCAAGUGAAAGCAAAGUUACGUCUGCUGGACGCUUUGAUAUCAAAACGUGACCCAGCGUCAUCGUUAUGACAGCCUUGGAUGGAUUUAAUAGACGUGUAAAUAUGGAUGUAAUUUAUUAAGGAACCAGAGAAUAAAGAAUAUAUGUGGACAGUAUAUGAGAUAGACUAUGACAACCUGUCCAGUUCACCCGAUUUUGGUAAAUAUCUCUCAUUUAUGAGUGAUUCUUCUCGGAUAGAGAGGGAUGGGGAUUUGAUAGACCCCCACUUUCUACUUGUAAUGAUGGUCAGGUCACAAGAGAUCUGUCUUCUCUUAUCAGAAUGGGGUGAAUUGGGGUAUUGCUGCCUAUGACAUUUUGUUGUCCUUUAAAAUGCUAUAUUAUAUUUUAACAUGGUUUGUGGAACAGUCACAACAUUCCACUGUGUGUGGUGAAGUCAUGACUGCAUGUUGUGUGUCUGUUCUGUAGAUUAAAAGCAAUUGGUUAUCACAGCUUAGAGCUGUGCAUUCAAAAUUAUCGAGUUUUCAUGAGACUUUUUCAUUCUUCAUCCUCCUGCUCUGGGUAGAGCUCAGGUCAGAGUCUUCAGGUGAUCCCCUUCAGUUGUAAAUACAUAAUCGUAAUGCCGAAAAAUGAAAAUGCGUUUCGAACGCACCAGACUUAUGUUUGAUCAGUUGAAAACCUUAUCUCAUGAAACCUUGUUUUGCAUAAACUUCUGAAACCAUCAUUAAGUGGUACUUUCUGUUUUCAUGGUUGUCUAAGUAACAGAGCUCCUCCCUCCUUCUCUUGUGCCAUUAUCUCUCAUUUCCAUAUGUGACAUUACUUAUUCAAGUUCCGUAAAAAUUGGCCAGUGAUUGAUGAAGUUAAAUCGAAUCAGUGAGUUGUUGAACAUUAGCUAUUACCUUUUUUACUUUUCUAACAAAUUAUCUUGUAUCACAAAAAAUCAUAUCAGAAUCAAUUACAAUGAAUUGUUAAUUUGUUAUUAUUGACACUGAUGUUAAUCAAAUAGUUAAGAUAUUAAGGUAAGAGUUACUUUUAAUAAGCCGUCCCUGUUCCUUGGUUGAAGAGAGAAGUGAAUGCAACCAGAUGUAACGUUUUGAUUUGUUAGGACUUUCCAUGUAUUAGUGCGACACUAUGUCAGUUUCAUUACCAAAAUUACAAAAUCAUUAUUUUGCCCAAAAUGUAAUAACUUUAUACUUAGAUGAAUUCCGAAUUGGUGAAUUGCGGUAAUAUUGCCAAAUUUUAUGAUUUGAGAUGUUUUCUUUGGGUUUUUGGCCUCACUCCUUGCAUGGCCCUAAUGAAUACUCAACGGUAAAGCUCACAUGCUUAGGUCUGUUCCGACACAUCUUUCAAUCAAAAAUCAGAUGUAAAAAUAACAAUGAAUGGAUUGCUGUACAUUGUUAGCCCUUUGUUACUUUGUUACCUUUAUCAUUACAUGUUGCGUCAUAGUCACACCAAAACCAAUGUAUCAGUUGUAAUGACAUAUUCAAUUGGUGACUUAUGAAUAACUUAUGCAAAUAUCAAUGUGUAUCUUAUCUUGUGUUCCCUUGAGGGGGGAGGGUAUAACAUACACAUUGACGCUGGCAUCAGUUACUUUGGAGAAGAGAGAUCUUUAUGUUGACGUUUGAUAUAGUUUCCUUGGCUUUGCUAUUCCAUGUGCACAAAUUGUGAGAGCAUGAGACUCUACCACUGCAUGCAGCUUCUAGAUAUAGCACUGUAUCAACUUUAUUUUGCACUGAUAUUGUAGGCAAUCACACAGGGUCAUGCUCUGUACCUCCUAGACAUCAGUCUUGUUCUUUGCUUUAUUCGCCUCAUUGUCCAACCCUAAAACCUGUCUCCCAUGAGAAUGGCACAAACCAAUACCCUGUUUGAUUGUUUGCAAUAACCUCGGCUAAGAUUGCAAGUUGUAAAUUUCUUCAUUUGGUGAUACAAGAUAUUUGACUGUGAUGUGUUAUGAGAAUGAUGUAAAAAUUAUAUUCUGUGAUAUUUUGAAUUUAAAUGGUAGUUUUUUCCAAAUUGAAGUAAUUGUAUAAAGUUAAAUGGCUUUGAUUGUAGAAGUGUAUUAUUCAAUUGCUUGAAUUGUGUCACAUAAUUGGUAACCACCAUAUCCAUUGGUCCAUAUAAGAAACCCCUUGUAUGUUCCCGCUGGUCCUUGUCCAGGUUUCAUGUGUAAUUGUAAACCGCCUUAUUUUUGCGUACAGUCUAAUAUGAUUGAACAGACCAAUUAACAAAGCAUUAAUCAAACACCAAAAUGAACAACAAGUAGAUUAUACAAGCUUUGGUUAUAUUUGCUACUUUUGAACCAAAUAUUACCCAAGAUUAUACUGUAAGAAUUGAUUAUCAAAAUGGGACAGAUUUAAACUUAACAUAUCCUAGAUAUUGAAUAGAUUGGAUCCAAAUGUUUAAUAAUCAUACCAGAUCUGUGUAAAUUUGAUAAAUCUACAAUGAUAAUUCAGUAGAGUGUGCACCUGUUUAGCAGAUGUUCAAACUUUACGAGUCUAAUAUUAUAAUUCAGUGUGCAGAGUGCUGUACAUCAUUGUCUGAGGGUGUGCCGCCUACUGUAUACAGGGAGUUCCCAAGUCUGGCACUCAAAUCAUAUUGAUUAUCAUCAUCCUGUGGAAACUGCAGCUGUGUCACAAAGGGUAUAGAUAAAUGGAAGACUCAACCACUGACAUUGACAAACUUGUCAAUAGAUUUAUUUGGAUGAUUGCCGUGCGGGACUAGAUAUGCCAGCUGUGCAUGACCAAUAUAAGUCAAGUACUCAAGCUAUUAUUGGUUUAACUGAUGUACAUGUAUGCUCGUUUGUCUGUUCGUUUCAAUCUUGUCAUGUGCUUCAUAUGGUAAUUUCAAUUAUUUGUGCAGGCAUGCUGGGUUAUGCAUACUUGAACAGUUGAUACAUUGAUUAUCCUGAAUUAACUUAUUCGUUUAAAUUGUCUAUAUCUAGGUUUAUUAUAGGUAUGGUAUGGAAGGUAUAAAAUUAUUAUACGUGAUCAGCUCUGGCAAAAGUUGAUAUCUGUCUUUGGCCUCAAAUGCCUAGGUUUGCCCUAGCUGGUCACGGUACGAAAAAUCAAAACUGAGUAAAACCAAAAUGAAUUUGUUAUUAGUUUCUUGAGACUCCUCCACGUACUACAGUACAGUCAUUGCAAUUCUUUCUGAUGUGACCAGUUCUUUCAAUGGUUGGUUUAACCCCAUGGCAUAUUUUGGGCUGUCGGUGCUAUGUCUCAGUAAUAGUAAUCUUAGGCUACUGUUGCCAUUCCCUGUCCUCAUGUCAUAGUACCUCUCUUUAUUGCUGAGAUAAAAGAGCUCAGUUCACGAGAGGCAGAUUGCUGGUUUUAUCAUGAGCAGUGAGAGCCUAUUUUCGUAGGCCUACUGACAGUCUGUUGUGUUGCAGUGACAUCUGGUGAUCCACUUACAGAUAGUGGCAGUACACAUCAGUCAUCGCACCAUAAAUAAAAACCAUUAUCCAUUCAAAAUCGAUUAAAUGUACAUCUGCUGCUGGAAUUUUUAAAUCUGGCUCCCGAACAUAACUUGGCUACAAAGAUGUUUUGUAUCUUUGAGUAUCAGUGCACCAGUGAGAGUCACAAAAAGCGGUCACCUCCAACUGUUGAUAUGGAAGACUUUACUAAAAUUCUUGAUGUUACGAUACUCCCCUACUUCUCAAGGAAGUUAGAAGUACAGUGGGAGUAUCUCAAGUUCAAACUUCCUUUUUUCCUGUGCCACACAAUGUACUUAAAACCACCUCUUCUUCAAUUUAUUGCAAAAAUCAGUGGUUGUAUAUAAAUUGCAUCCUCCUGAAGAAAGGACCAAAUUCUGUUUGUUAUUUCUUAAUGUAGAAAGUCCUAUUUAUAAUAUGUUACACAAAGCAUUAAGUGUAUAAAAGUGUUUAGUCUAUGCCAUUUGUGAAAAAUAAAGAAUGUUGACAGAUUUAUCAUAA